UGACAGGCUGCAGACUGCAGGAUUGUAGGAAGACGGAUUAGCUGAAACGCUUUGAUCAAUGGAAAUCUUCUCCCCGGUCCCUCAGUUCCAGAGGCAGCAGAUAAAAAGUUUAUGGUAUGGGGCGCCGCAAAGAUUAGGUGAAUACACGUCUGUCUUUCCUGGGCCUGGUCAUUUACUGCCUGGUCUCCAUCUUCAGCAUCCUCUCUCCUGGCCCUGCAGAGGCGAGGGACUGAAUGGGACCAGACCUUCUGGAGCUCGUGGAAGCCGCUGACACAGACACUGAGACGCAGGACGAGGAAUUGGCAGCUCAGACGAGUAGAACUUGAGCUGGUGUCUUUCAGUUUCCUGGUUCAUCAAGAGCCAUUGACAUCAUGGCAACCAACAGGGAGCGGCAAGUGGGUCACAUGACUGGGUUCCCACCUGCUGUCUACCCCUUCGCCUUCAACUCCAUGCGGAGCCGCUCCCCCUUUGACCUGCUGGCCAACGGCAGCCUCUUUGGUCGCUUUGGAGCGGAUCUUCCAAAAGAGAUGGCUGCAUUGUCGGUGGAGACCCAGAGUACAAGCUCAGAGGAGAUGGUGCCCAGCUCUCCGUCUCCUCCACCUCCUCCACGCAUCUACAAGCCUUGUUUUGUGUGCCAGGACAAGUCGUCUGGCUAUCACUAUGGUGUGAGCUCCUGUGAGGGCUGCAAGGGCUUCUUCCGCCGCAGCAUCCAGAAGAACAUGGUGUACACCUGCCACCGAGACAAGAACUGCCAGAUCAACAAAGUGACCCGCAACCGCUGCCAGUACUGUCGGCUGCAGAAAUGCUUUGAGGUCGGGAUGUCCAAAGAAGCGGUGCGUAAUGACAGGAACAAAAGGAAGAAGGAUGUGAAGGAGGAAGUGGUGCUGCCAGAGAGUUAUGAGCUGAGUGGAGAGUUGGAAGAGCUGGUCAACAAAGUCAGCAAAGCUCACCAAGAGACAUUCCCAUCUCUGUGCCAGCUCGGCAAAUAUACCACAAACUCCAGCGCUGACCACAGAGUACAGUUGGACCUGGGCCUGUGGGACAAGUUCAGUGAGCUCUCCACCAAGUGCAUUAUAAAGAUUGUGGAGUUUGCAAAGCGGUUGCCAGGCUUCACUUCGCUCACCAUUGCUGACCAGAUCACCCUCCUUAAAUCUGCAUGCCUGGACAUCCUGAUGCUGAGGAUCUGUACUCGCUACACUCCAGAGCAGGACACCAUGACCUUCUCAGAUGGCCUGACUCUAAACCGGACCCAGAUGCACAACGCCGGGUUCGGCCCUCUCACAGACCUGGUGUUUGCCUUUGCUGGCCAACUGCUGCCGCUGGAGAUGGAUGACACGGAGACCGGCCUCCUCAGCGCCAUCUGCCUCAUCUGUGGAGAUCGUAUGGACCUGGAGGAGCCUCAGAAAGUGGACAAACUACAAGAGCCCCUGCUGGAGGCCCUGAAGAUCUACGCCCGACGCCGGCGCCCAAACAAGCCCCACAUGUUUCCCCGUAUGCUGAUGAAGGUCACGGACCUCCGCGGGAUCAGCACCAAGGGGGCGGAGAGGGCCAUCACCCUGAAGAUGGAGAUCCCAGGUCCCAUGCCUCCUCUGAUCAGGGAGAUGCUGGAGAACCCCGAGAUCUUUGAUGACAGCAGUGAUUCAGGCGACAGCGGUGCCGCUGCCCCACCCGCUGUCCAGGCCAUCAAGAAGGAGAAGGAAGAGGGGAAGGCUUCAUACAAGUCGGCCGUCAAGGAGGACAACGACGACAACAACUACGUGGAAGAGGAGAGAGAGGGGGGGGCAGACAGUGAUGGAGAGCUCUGGGGGCAGACCGCUGCAGCGCCCAGGAAAAAUGUGACUGGGAGAGCACAGUGAGAGAGAUGCGACUGUAGACCAACCCCCCCCCCCACCUCCACACACACACACACACACACACACACACACACACACACACACACACACACACACACACACACACACACACACACACACACACAUCCAAACAACCACAUCAGUAAGCCAGCAGAGCUCCGUCCUGUCCCAGCAGAAGAUUUGGCUUCUCUGUCAACCAGUUACCUCUGUUUAAUACAACACAUAUUCCACCGACUGCACUGUUUC